GACAAAUCUAUCUGAUUCAAACAACACCUUUCACCAUGGCAACCACGGGCAUGCAGCUGCUGGGCCUAAUCAUGUCCCUUGUGGGGUGGGUUAGUGGGGCGAUAGUCUGCGCCAUCCCCCUGUGGCGGGUCACCGCCUUCAUCGGUAACAACAUAGUGACGGCUCAGAUCAUUUGGGAAGGCCUUUGGAUGAAUUGCAUCGUGCAGAGCACGGGUCAGAUCCAGUGUAAGGUGUACGACAGCUUGCUGGCUCUGCCCAGUGACAUGCAGGCGGCCCGAGGCCUCACCGUGUUCUCCAUCCUGAUCUGUGGCCUCGCUCUGUCUUUGGGGGUCCUGGGAGCCAAGUGCACCAAGUGCAUCGGCGUCAACAGCGUCAAGGCCCGUAUUGCCCGCAUCUCUGGCGCCCUUUUUGCCAUUGCAGGGUUCCUCUACCUUGUACCCGUCUGCUGGACUGCCCACUCCAUCAUCAGGGAUUUCUACGAUCCACACGUGGCGGCCCCGCACAAGCGUGAGCUCGGCCCUGGCCUUUACAUUGGCUGGGGUGCGUCAGCCCUGCUCCUCAUUGGGGGGUCUCUGCUCUAUGCUGGGUCAAGUCCCCCCGGCUUGCCCGGCUCUCCCACCUUCAGCAGUGGAGAAAGUAGUCCUCGCAGGGCACCCGCCUCACAAGUCAAAGGUUAUGUUUAAGUCUCCAAAAUGUCUCCAGUCCCACAAAUACACCCAAAACGAUUCCUCUCCUUUUGAUUUUGCUCCUUGUAAUUAUUUUAUAUUUAAUGUUAGCUUUUUUCUCUGAAAAGCCGCAGGAGGCUGUUUAGGGAAAACUGAACUCAUUUUAUUAUUUCAUACCUGAUAUAUCCUUCAAUAACCCUGUUCUCUGUCUGUCUGUCUGUGUAAAAUACAAUAAAAGUAUUGGUCCUCCAAAUCCUCUCCUGAGA